AUGGCCAACACAGGGCAGCCUCAGUUUCCCCCAGAACAGGAGUCGGGCACCACCGCCUGCCCCCUGGACCUACCGGAGAUGGAGAAACUCCUCACUAAGGUGGAGCUCCAAGAUGACAGUUCUCUGAAGUUGUCCAAGUCCCUCUCUGGGACACUGGAUCUUGAGCAGAAUGGCCACGGCUUGCUCAAGGCAGUCCCCGAGGCUCACCAAGAUGCCUCGCUGUCCCGCUCGCUGUCCCGGGUGAGCUCCAGGCGGGCUUCCUCCCUUGUGUCCCCAUCCGAUGCCCAGGACAGAGAAGUACCGAAAGAUUACCUCAUCCUGGCUAUCGCCUCCUGCUUCUGCCCCGUCUGGCCCCUCAACCUCAUCCCCCUCAUUUUUUCUAUCAUGUCCCGAAGUAGUGUGCAGCAAGGGGACCUAGAUGGGGCCCGGAGGCUGGGGCGCCUAGCCCGACUGCUCAGCAUUACCUUCAUCAUCAUGGGGAUCAUCAUUAUCAUCGUGGCAGUGACGGUCAACCUUGCAUGUGAGAUCCAGUCCUAG